AUGGAAGGCAGCAAUAAUGGUGAAUGCACCAGUGGUGUUCGGAAGAAGCCCCGAUUUAGAUCAGUCUACAGAAGAAUUAAGGCUUUGUCCCCUCUUCCAUACCUUGUGAAAGUCUUAGAUUUUUAUGUGAGAAGCGUGUCUGAGUGUGCUGGGAGGACCAAUUACAGUGGCUUGACUGCGGGUGGUCUAGGUGUUUCCACAAUUACCCUCCCAAACAGCUUCAACACCUCCUCUCUUAGAAAUGAUGAUGAUUUUGCUGAGCUCGUUAGGGCCGCUUCACAGAGGAGUAAAUCAUCUCCUGCCGCACAAGAGAAGGAAAUUCGGAGAAGCUUUAGCACUAGUGCAGUACCUUCUGUGGGAAGGAUUGACGAGGACAGACCCUGCUAUUUUGGUGGGUCUUUCAGAAAGAGUGCUUCGCAAUCAGAUCUUCGUUACCCUCGCACUCGAAGUUGCCAUCCUGCCAGAAUUUCUCGUGUUGGGAAUGAAAUUGUUGACUGUACGUGA